GGUUCCUUUGCGUGGGCUUUCCCGAUUGUAAACGACAUUUCCCGUAGUGCCACUUGCGUCCAUCCCAUGCAGUGGAAUGUUGAAUCGCGGUUGAAAUUUGUGAUAUUGGUCAAUUAGGUGAUUCCCGAAAUAUUUGUUUAGGGGCAGAGUAAAGCUACACAACAUACCCAUUGGACCAAGGGCGCAGUGCAAUGGUGAAUGUGUGCAAUGGUGAAUUCUUGGAAAACGUCAAGCCUACUCUGGAUGGACUGUGCGCCGCCUGACGCUCGAGCCUACCCGUUGAGGGAGCACUGAAACUGCAGUGCGGAGAAAAUGUAACAGUAGGAGGAGAAUGAUAGUAGAGCUUCUGUGCCCGGGGACUGCUGUUAGUUGCGAUGAAGAGGUUGUGCCUUGUGGAGUUAUAUCUAAGGAAAGCAUAUUAGAAACCGAACGAGUCCCUCCCCGUUGUAGCAGUAAGGUGGGAGCGCAAAUGGCAAUGCAUAGGCCCAACCUCAGAUAAGUGCAGUGGGCUACUGAAAUGGUAGGCUACACCCUUGUUUUACAUUUUAGUCGUUUAGCAGACGCUGUUAUCCAGAUCGACCUACAGCAGUGAGUGAAUCCAUACAUUUUCGGGAAUCGAAACCACAAUUAUCACAAUCGUUACAAUUGACCGCUGUCAUUUUUUAAAUGUAUUUUUUUAGAUUUUGGUUAGUUACAGAUUUUGAAGAAUAUAAAGACAUGACUCAAAUAUAUGCCUACUAAAAGGGUUUCGCCAAAUCUGGGUGUGUGGUAUUGUAGUUGUUCAAUCCAAAAUCCCCAUUGCAGGUUGCUAAAACCUGGGAGAAGAAAAGGGAGAUCAAUUUUUCAAAAAAAUGUCUGCCAGGUAAAUGGCUGAAUCGAGUUGGGAGCUACUGUGCCUCUGUCUGGCCGACCAAUGCAGUGUGUAGGGACGGUCGCCCAGCCCGACGAAAACAUGAACGGAGCGGGGGAGCAGGUGGACAUCCUGUCUCCCAACUGCAUGGUAAAGGACCGAUGGAAAGUGCUGAAGAAGAUUGGUGGGGGAGGUUUUGGUGAGAUCUAUGAAGCAUUGGACCUGCUGACCAGGGAGAAUGUGGCUCUGAAGGUAGAGUCAGCCCAGCAGCCUAAACAGGUUCUCAAGAUGGAGGUGGCCGUCCUCAAGAAACUGCAAGGAAAAAAUCAUGUAUGUAAAUUCAUCGGAUGUGGAAGGAACGAGAAGUUUAACUAUGUGGUCAUGCAACUUCAGCAGGGGAGAAACCUAGCAGACCUGAGGAGGAGUCAGCCUCGCGGCACCUUCACCAUGAGCACCACGCUACGCCUGGGCAAACAGAUUCUGGAGUCCAUAGAGGCCAUCCACUCUGUGGGCUUCCUGCACAGAGACAUCAAGCCUUCUAACUUUGCUAUGGGUCGACUCCCCUCCACCUAUAGAAAGUGCUUCAUGUUAGACUUUGGCCUGGCUCGCCAGUACACCAACACUACCGGAGAGGUUCGACCGCCCAGAACUGUGGCGGGAUUUCGGGGAACUGUUCGUUAUGCGUCAGUAAAUGCUCAUAAAAACAAAGAAAUGGGUCGUCAUGACGAUCUAUGGUCGCUAUUUUACAUGUUGGUAGAGUUUGCAGUCGGUCAGUUACCAUGGAGAAAAAUUAAAGAUAAGGAGCAAGUGGGUCAGAUUAAAGAGCGCUACGACCACAGAAUGCUGCUCAAACACAUGCCUUCUGAGUUUUACAUCUUCCUGGAUCAUGUUUUAGGCCUUGACUACUUCACCAAACCAGAUUACCAGUUGCUGAUGUCGGUCUUUGAGAACAGUAUGAAGGAACAUAUCAUCACAGAGAACGAGCCUUUUGAUUGGGAGAAGGGAGGGACGGAUGGAGUGCCUCUGUCCACCAGCACGUCAACGCCCCCUCAACAGAACACACGACAGACUCCCGCCGUGAUCGGGGUGGUGAACGUGACUCUGGUUCCUGGGGAGCUGCCGAGGGAGAACACAGAUGAUGUUCUACAAGACGAGCACCUGAGUGACCAGGAGAACGCUCCACCUGCAGUACCCAGCAGGCCUUGCGAGAGGACACCUCCCCAGAUGGAAGCCGAGGCGUGGAACGAAACCGACUUAAACCGCAACCAACUCAGAAUCAGCAUCAGCAAGGGGAAGUUGGCUGCGGAGGAAGAGGAGCCUGCUAGAGGGACGUGUCCUGAUGCCCUCGUGGGUGGAGCUCCCCCAGAAAUGACUGGUGUUCAGGUCUGCGCUCUGCGGUACCGGAGGAUCAACAGCCCAGAGUCAGACCGUCUGUCCGCCGCAGACGGGAGACCAGACAUCUACGACAAACGAGGGUCUCGUAUGGACAUCCUGGGAUCCCCGUCCCGCCACGUGCAGUCCUCCCAGCCAGCCCAGAUGCACUCCCUGGAGGGAGGAGGUGGGGACCGGCAGGGUGGCAGUGGUAGACCAGGUCAAGAGGUCUCCGUAGCCUCUGUGGCCGACCCCGAGGCCCACAGUAACGCGUUCAUCCGGUCUGUACCACUCGCCGAGGAGGAAGACUUUGACAGCAAGGAGUGGGUGAUCAUCGACAAGGAGACUGAGCUCCAGGACUUCCUGGGUCUCCUGGGCCCAGGGGCUGAGCCCACCACCUCGGGGCCCACCACCGACGAGGAGCCUGAGGAGCUGAGGCCCCUAGACGAAAUGGAGGAGUGGAGGAGGUUACGGGGAGCUGGAGGUGGAGAGGUGGUGGUGAGGCCAAAGAUGCGUGCAGGAGGCAUUGGGGCGCAGCCAGAAGGGGAGGGGUCUAAUGGGGCCAGUCCUGGGUACCCAGGUUAUCACACUCUGCCUCAUAGCCGUGGACACAGACCACGGCCACAGUCGGAGUACUUUGGAGCUCACGGACAGGCCCUGGAGCAGAUCAGCCCAUACCAGGGUGGCAGUGGGGAGGACCUCAACUUCCAGGGUGUAGAGAGAGAGAGGCCUAAACUACCCACGCUGGCCCAGCAUCGCUUUCGACGGGUGGACUUCCUCUCUGCCAUUCUCACCGGCACCGCCACCCUUCCACCACUCCAAACCUCCUUUGAGGUUGAUUCCAGAACAUGUGUUGAGCAAGAUCAGGAUGGGAAUGUGGAUGCUGCUGAGGUCGGGGCUGGGGCUGAGGCUGGGGCAGUGUCCAGUGGGGAUGGGAGCCCCAAGAGCAGCGAGCACAGCCAAGAGGGUGAUGAUGGAGCUCCCUCUACUCUCCUUGCAGACGAGCCUCCUCGGGAAUACCCUCGCCGGGCCUCUUCAGGAGUGGGGUUUGGUGGUGAUCCGGACCUGGAGCUGGAGGAAGGCUCCAAGACCCUGGUGCUCUUCUCCCCUGGAGACGUGAGGAGGUCCCUUGCCGUGGUGGGUGAUCUGCCCCCGGACGAUGCCGGGAGUCACCAGGGGACGCUGGCAGCCAUCACACCCCAGUGCGAGAGAGCUCUGGGACCUCUGGGAAGCCUGCUGGACGUGUCUGAGCCAGAUACUUUGUUCUCACAGUUGAAGACCGAGCCCAAACCGCCUUCGACGGCCAUCUCCACCAUCCUGGUCAAUGUGGCGCCCAAUGUUGUUACUCCCACCAGCACCUCCCCUCCUUUCACCAAAGUAGAGCGGACAUUCGUACACAUUGCCGAGACUACCCACCAUAAUGUGAUGAGCUCCUCAGGGACUCUGCAGCUCAGGCUGCUGCUCCCUGGGCUGGUUGAGGAGCCCACAGACGAACAGGAGAACCACUCGGAGGAAGAGAAAGAGCAGGAUGUCUUGGAUGGAGAGAAAGAGAGGAGCAGGGAGAGCAGAUCCGAUGUGGACCGUUCAGACUUUGAGAAGGAGAGGGAAAGUGGAUCUGAGGGCAAGGUUCCAAACAGAGACAGUGAAGAGGGGAGGGAGAGUGGAUCUGAGGGCAAGGAUUCAAACAGAGACAGUGAAGAGGGGAGGGAGAGUGGAUCUGAGGGCAAGGUUCCAAACGGAGACAGUGAAGAGGGGAGGGAGAGUGGAUCUGAGGCCAAGGUUCCAAACGGAGACAGUGAAGAGGGGAGGGAGAGUGGAUCUGAGGCCAAGGUUCCAAACAGAGACAGUGAAGAGGGGAGGGAGAGUGGAUCUGAAGGGGAGUUCCAAAAGACAUACGACGUACAGAGGAGGGAGAGUGGAUCAGAAAGCAACGUCUUUGAGAAAGACGAGGAAGGGGACGAAGUGAGCAGGUUUGAGGAGGAGGAAGAGGAGAAGAGAGAGAGUAGGUCCAAGGAGGAAGAUCCUGCGAGAGAAAUCCCAGGUUCCCCAGAGAGAGACAACAAGGCUAAGGAGGAGGAAAAGGAUGUUGCAAAGAGAGAGGUUGAGGAGUUAAUCCCCCCAGAAAAAGAGAUGGAAGAAGAGCCGGAACUUGGGGACGAAGUCCAGCCAGCGAUCCAGUCAAACCUCUCCUCUCCCAUUCUUGGUGCCCCAGAAGAACCUGAAGCCCAGGAUAUCCUGGCCAUUUCAAUAGAAACCAAGUUAGAGUCUGAAACAGAGGACACCCCUAUUGUCGUUUCGCCUGAGAUGGAGCCUGCCCAUGUGAUGUUAGCAGAGAAGGAGAGCCAGAUCCAUCUCGAACAAAACAAUGAGGCUUCUCCACAGGAGGAAACCAAGGACCCUGGUGAUCCAGAAAAAUUGGCAGAGGCCAGCAAACAGACCAGGCCUCAGAAAAUGAGCAGAAUCCCGGUUCUCUCUCGGUCUGAGGAGGACACCAGCUCGGACCAGGACCAGUCGGCGGCGUCCCAGUCAUUCAAGUCUCGUCAGAGGGCCAAGCGACCUCACCUAGCCCGGCUGGUCAUGGAAAGGAGGCAAGGUCGCAUGCUAAGACUGGCUUCUGUUUCCUCUGCGUCCUCUGCGGAUGAUGGCUGUAAAAUUCCAGCAGAGAUCCAGUCAGAGGAAGAUACCCAUGAUGAGGACAAGUAUCUGCCCAGGAAGGAGAGGGGAAUUUGGGGGGAGAGGAGUGAGGGGCGUCAAAGGAGCAGAAUACCCCGUCCUGUCACGGCUGUUAAGCUACAGGGAUCCUCUGUUACACCAUUUCAUGCUGUCUCCCAAACUGGCCCCAGUGCUAAUCUCCACAAACCCCAACUUUCAACUAUAUAUGCUAGGCAUCAAUCUCACAAAACUAGGACCCCAAGAAUAAAUGUUCCACUGCACCAGAGGUCCCAGACUCUGCAGUCCCGACCCGGACCCGGGACGAACUCCUCCUUCUUAUUCUCCACCCCCCAGACCCCCCUGCGUGGGGUCAUCUCCCGAACCCCUCUCUCUGCAUGCCCCUCCCCCCGUAGCCUCAGCACCUCCCCCUGUUGCUACUCCACUUCCCGGACCGACAGCCCCUCCCCUCAGCGCCCACGCCGGGGGGCUGCAGUUACAGAAGUCCGGAGGCAGCUCAUAUCCGUGCGGGCGCAGACUGCACUUCCGCUAAAACCCAGACCGCCUCAAACCGAUGAUUCCUCAGCCCCUGGGACGCCCAGGAGGCGAGGCAAACUUUACCUGUUGUCAUCUACAUCCACACCCACCAAGGGGAAGUCAGAUGCUUCUGAGAGCAAGACAACCACCAGAUAAUAUAGCCUAGCUUAGUGUAUCAGGGCUAUCUAUCCACCAGACCACCCACACUGCACUUCACACACCCCUUUAUCUACUGUAUGUCAGACUAACUCCAUGACCUCAAACGUGUUUGUGCAAAAACACUAUGUUUCAACUCUCAGCUUAAGAUAACAAAGAAGGGUCUGCUUCUAAUCACAGUUAAGGCCAAGAACAAAACCAGUAAUAGAGAGCACCAGGCAGCGGUGAGACCCCCAAUGCCACAGACUAGGGAAGUGGGUGUGACCCCCAAUGCCACAGACUAGGGAAGUGGGUGUGACCAUGGGUGUGACCCCCCAAUGCCACAGACUAGGGAAGUGGGUGUGACCCCCAAUGCCACAGACUAGGGAAGUGGGUGUGACCCCCAAUGCCACAGACUAGGGAAGUGGGUGUGACCCCCAAUGCCACAGACUAGGGAAGUGGGUGUGACCCCCAAUGCCACAGACUAGGGAAGUGGGUGUGACCCCCAAUGCCACAGACUAGGGAAGUGGGUGUGACCCCCCAAUGCCACAGACUAGGGAAGUGGGUGUGACGCCACAGAAUAGGGAAGUGGGUGUGACCCCCAACGCCACAGACUAGGGAAGUAGGUGUGACCCCCAAUGACACAGACUAGGGAAAUGGAUGUGACCCCCCAAUGCCACAGACUAGGGAAGUGGGUGUGACCCCCAACGCCACAGACUAGGGAAGUAGGUGUGAUCCCCAAUGCCACAGACUAGGGAAGUGGGUGUGACCCCCCAAUGCCACAGACUAGGGAAGUGGGUGUGACCCCCAAUGCCACAGACUAGGGAAGUGGGUGUGACCCCCAAUGCCACAGACUAGGGAAGUGGGUGUGACCCCCAAUGCCACAGACUAUGGAAGUGGGUGUUCGUUACCUCCUUCUGCAGCUGAGGCCUCCCUGCACCUGUCUGGGAACUUGUUCCUUAGCAGGGUUCGAAUUACACAUUGACUCUUGGGGCUCUGCACGAUGAUGGUGCCCAAUGUCCAUAUCGAUUGUGCGGUGCCUGAUUUGUUAUGGGGUUCCACUAGCCUCCCCAGCCCCCCUGUGAUUCUGACUCAGUACAGCAGCCCUCGUAUGCCUUAAUAAGACCUGUUCUAAGAUCAGUUCUUGUCUACUCCUCCCAUCACUAACGCUUCCAGGGAAGAAAAAAAACUGCAACAGCAGAGCAGCAGCCUCCUCUGUUCUCACUUACUAGUUUGCUUAAAGAAGUGCUUUAAAUGAAAAUGAUUACGUGGGAUAUGAAAAUAAUAUAUAGCUAAAUUAUAGGAUGAACGUUAUUUAGGUCAGACCACGGAUAGUAGUUUAGGUAACACUUGACGUUCCUUCUUAUGAAGAGUUCUGAACUGUUAUAUUGCGUUAUAAGCGUUCAUAGCACCUUAUAGAUGUCAUGGAGCAUUAUGAAACUACAAUAAAGCAAUAAGGUACCAGAGACUGUUAUAUAUUAUGAAUAUCUCUCUCAUGCCUUAUUACUUGAUUGUCAAGUUUCACAAUGCUCAAUGACUGCAUCUAUGAGAUUCUAUUAAGGUUUUUAAAGCAUUAUAACACUUUACAAGGUGCUUUGAGUAAAGUUACCGUCAUGUAGAUAAUAAUCAGGGACUGGUAAAUCUGCAUUUUGGAAUGAAAACCUGUGCCCGACCUACUGUAUGAUAACCUCCAUAGAGUAGUAUACAGUCUCAUAAAGCCCUAUGAAGGUGUUCAUUAGCCAAUAUCACACUUCGCCAGGAGCUGCUUCAAGUGCUGCUAAAUGUUUCAUGCAGUAGGCCAAUAUCUCUGUUUGAAAUAAGGGUGACGCUUUAAAUUAAGGUACCUUUAUUGUGAAGUGUUACCGAAAUAAGUGUCAUUAUUCCUCUGUCUUUUUCAUUGAGAUAGAAAAGGAUUUUGAAGGAAUCGAAAUGAAUGCAUAAAGUCGAUGUACUUGUGGCUUUGUAAUGGUCAGCAUGUGUUCUUGUCUACGUUCUUGAAACGGUUCACCAGAUAUGAUCAUGAGUGGCUUUUAUUUUGGAGGAGUUAAUUAGAUGUACCUACAGAGUCCCAAAUGGCUCUUUAUUCCCAAUUUAGUGCACUACUUUUGACCAGAGCCCAUAGGGAGUAGGUUUCCAUUUGAGGCUCAUAUUAAAUCAGAAACACAUUUAAAGAUAGAUACUGUGGAAUGUGUCCAAAUGAACAUGAUUUAUGUUAUUGUUGUAUUAGGGAGUGUACUUUAUUUAUAAUGAGGGAUACCUGGAGGAAAUCAGACCUCUCUGAAAAGAAAAUGGAUGGCCCUCCCUUCAGUAAAAAAUAUUGCACACUUGAAAAAACACUAGUGACCUUCCCCUAUACCCAAAAUAAUAAUUCAAACAAAGUGGAUAGCAGACAACAUGCCUAAUGUUUACCCUCACUCGUAGGACAGAUAGCCUUAGAUAUGCAGUUUUAGAAACUGUAAGCAUUACAUGAAACCGUUUCGUAAGCAUUACAUGGCUAAGUAGCAAGGGCGGUGGGCCAGAAGGUUGUGGAUUCGCAGACCACUGUGGACAAGAGUAGUGGUGAAAAGCUCUGCUUUAUAAUAAAAGCACUGCAUGAAUCUAUCAUCUUAUUUGCAGUUCUGAGAAAAAAAUAGCCUUUUAUCAACUCAGAAGCAGAAUUUCGUCUAAUACCUCAACAGUGCAUGACAACGAAUGAGCGCAUGCUGCAGCACAGGAGACGCUUUGAUUUCUAUACGCUAUUGUUAAAAAAAGAGGAUCGUCUUCAGUUUGGAACAGUGCUAAAGUUGUCUAUCAACUGUAAACAUGUAGAACAACCAAACCAGUUAUGACUGAGUAUCUGAUCAUCAAUGAAUUAGAGAAAAAUGCAUUUGUUUUUUAACACAGCAGCUGCAGAUCAUCAGGUAGGCCUAUAUGCACUUGCAACUUUUUUCAAUUGUGAAACUAUCAUUUUCUAAUUCAUUCUAUUUUAUUCCGUUACAUUCCUGUUACAAAAUAGACAUGCAUAGCUCACCGCAUGAUCCUCAAACCAAAGACGGGCCAAACUCAUGUUUCUAAAAGACAAUUAAUUCAAAGGCACUGUAGAAUGACAGUGUAGCCCAAUUAGGAUUUUUUUGUUUCAUUGAUAUUUCAUUCUAAGUAAUUAUUUUAAACAGCCUUAAUGAAAAAUGUAUAGGCAUUUUGUUAAAGUGCUGUUGUUGAUGUGCUGUUGAAAUGCUGAGCACUACUGCCUGCCUGUAGCUUGUCACAAAUCCUUCACAAUGUAUUUCUUAAAUAGCAGACUAGACCCUUAUACAGACACCCAGGUGAAAACCCCAAACAGUAAGCAAUGCAGAUGUAAAAGCACGGUAGCUAGGAAAAACUCCUUAUAAAGACUGGAACCUAUGAAGAAACCUAGAGAGGAAUCAGGCUCUGAGGGGUGGUCAGUCCUCUACUGGCCGUGUCGGGUGGAGAUUAUAAGAGUACAUGGCCAUUAAGGCCAGAUCGUUCUUCAAGAUUCUCAAACGUCCAUAGAUGACCAGCAGAGUCAAAUAAUAAUCACAGUGUUUAUAGAGGUUGCAACAGGUCAGCACCUCAGGGGUAAAUGUCAGUUUGCUUUUCAUAACUGAGCAUUCAGAGGUUGAGACAGCAGGUGUGGUAUAGAGAGAAGGGGACGGAGAGAGAGUGCGAGGGAGCAUGUCCAGUGAACGGGUCAGGAUUCCAUAGCCGCAGGCAGAUCAGCAAUAAUUGAACAGUAGCAUGACCAGGUGGACUUGGGAGGGAGAACAGCCAAGAGUUGUCAGGCCAAGUAGUCCUGAGUCAUGGUCCAAGGGCUCAGGUCCUCCUGGAGGGGAGAGAGAGUGCAAGUGAGAGAUUGGAGAAUUAGAGGGCGCAUACUUAAGAUGACACAGGACAUCAGAUAAGACAUGAUAAUUACACCAAAUAGGACAGACUGACCCUAUCCCCCCGGCACAUAGACUAUUGCGGCAUAAAUACCGGAGACUGACACAGGGGGGGUCGGGGGACACAGUGGCCCCGUCCAACGAUACCCCCGAACAGGGUCAACUAGGCAGGAUAUAACCCCACCUAUUUUGCCAAAGCACAGCCCCCACACCACCACAGGGAUAUCAACAGACCACCAACAUACUACCCUGAGACAAGGUGGAUCUCCCCUACCGCACAAUCCCGAGGGGGUGCAAAACCGGACAGGAAGAUCACGUCAAUCACUCAACCCACUCAAGUCGAGUAUAGCGGGAAUAAAGCCUGGCACGACAUGAUGCACCCCUCCUAGGGACGGGAUGGGAGAGCACUAACAAUCCAGUAGCUCAGCCCCCAUAAUAAGGACAGAGGCAGAGAAACUCGGUGGAGAGAGGGGAGCCAGCUAGUCAGAGACAGCAUAUGGGUGGUAUGUCACUCCAGAGCCUUGCCGUUCACCGUCGCACCCCUCUGCCAGAAUACACUUAAUCAUAGGGCCUACUGAAGAGAUGAGUCUUCAGUAAAGACUUAACCAGAAGGGGACUAGGGUUCCAAUUUGGGAACA